UGUAACUGCAAUGUCCCUAUGCUUUUUUCUGUUUUGUGAUUAUCCCCUUUCACACGCUGAUCUCAUCAGUUGAGAGAGGGGGGAAAAUGGAGUUUCUCUCUCUUCUCCCUUUCCAUCUCUUUAUAUGAGUUUCUCACCUUAAAUCUUAUUCUGAAGCGAGAGAGUAUUGAACCUUCUGAGUUCUAUCUUUAAUAGAAAAUUUGGAGUCUCAGGUGAGUGUGCAUGAAUUUUCUUUUUCUGAAUCGGGUCUGGGACUCUUGGCUGAAACUGCGACCAUGACAUUGGUGAUCUCAGGGUCUUAUAGGAAGGAAUUGAAGUUUUGUGAUGAAGAAAAUUUCCAAGAGCAGCUGCAAGUCCGCAUCACACAGGCUCUUUAAAGACAAGGCAAGGAACCAUGUUGAUGAUCUACAGGUCAUGUUCUUGGAUCUGCAGUUUGCCAGAAAGGAGAGCCGAACGAUUGAUGUGGCACUCCUUGAGGAGCAACUCCAUCAAAUGCUUCGUGAGUGGAAGGCCGAGCUCAAUGAGCCUUCUCCAGCUUCUUCUCUGCAACAAGGUGGUAGUCUUGGUUCAUUCUCGACCGAUGUCUAUAGGCUAUUGCAGCUCUGUGAGGAGGAAGAUGAUGCCACUAGUCCAUUAGUUGCACCUAAGCCUGAACCUAAUGAUCAGACUAUGCAGCCUGGAGCUAGGGUGAUAGUUCAAGAGGGCCAGCAUGAACAAGAAUUUCUAUUACUUAAAGAAUGCAAACACUCCGCAGUAGGAGUUCCCAACAUGGAAGCUAACAACUUGGACGGACCUGCUUUAGAACUUCAUCAAUUUGAAUUCAAUAAGGACUUGGAUCACAGCUUUUAUGCCGGUACAGGAUUUUGUGAGGAAGGUGGUGUUCCUCAUAUAUCUAGCUAUCUUCCAAGUGCGUGUCCUCCUCCUUCUGCUUUCUUAGGUCCAAAAUGCGCACUUUGGGACUGUCCAAGACCUGUUCAAGGGUUGGACUGGUGUCAAGAUUAUUGCAGUAGCUUUCAUGCUGCUCUUGCUUUAAAUGAAGGACCACCAGGCAUGACCCCAGUUCUAAGACCUGGGGGAAUUGGACUCAAGGAUAAUUUACUUUUCGCAGCUCUUAGUGCAAAGGCACACGGAAAAGUUGUUGGCAUCCCAGAAUGUGAGGGAGCAGCAACUGCAAAAUCUCCAUGGAAUGCACCUGAACUCUUUGAUAUUUGUGUCCUGGAGGGUGAGACUAUUAGGGAGUGGCUUUUCUUUGAUAAGCCUAGAAGGGCUUUUGAGAGUGGGAACAGAAAGCAGAGGUCCCUGCCGGAUUACAGCGGGCGUGGAUGGCAUGAAUCUAGAAAACAAGUGAUGAAUGAGUUUGGAGGGCUGAAGAGAUCCUAUUACAUGGACCCUCAGCCUCUGAACCUUUUUGAGUGGCACCUUUACGAGUAUGAAAUUAGCAUGUGUGAUGCAUGUGCCUUAUAUCGGUUAGAACUUAAGCUUGUUGAUGGGAAAAAGAGCUCAAAGGCAAAGAUAAUAACAGGUGAUUCGGUUGCUGAUCUGCAGAAGCACAUGGGAAGCCUCUCUGCUGAGUUUCACUCCGAUAGUAACAAACGGUCUGCCAAAGGUAGUAGAACCAAGCUUGGCAUAGGAGGUGGUGUUUAUUCAGCUUCUAACAGAGCUGCUCUACUAAAUGCACCUUAUCAAUACGGCUUAACUGCACCAUAUGACUUUGUUGUUGACAACACAAGUGACUAUAUGUGACAUCAUUGAUCUUACAUAACUUUGCCUUUUUUUUUCCUUUUUCUUCUUAGGAACAACAAGACAAGGGGGUUUUUUUUCCUUGUCAAAACAUUGUGAAUAGUUCAUUCUCACAGGAGUACUGCAUUAUAGAGGCUGCUGGAUACAAAAUUCUAACUUGGAAAGAUCACCAACAAUUGGUGAGUGCUAGAAAUCAUCAGCACAACGUUGCAGUAAUUCAGUAUGGAAGAAUUAGAUGCAGUCUGCAGGACAGACUUUCUAGGGCACAUAACAUUGGCUAUGUAAUAAUGUUUCUUUCCCUUGAUGAAAAUCUAUCUUUCUGAGGGAAAAUUAAUCUCCAAAAUUCGACAUAGAUAAUCAUCUGCUUUGUUUUAUAUGUCCUUGCUACAAAGUGACUUCUAUCUCUACAUACAGCAUUGGGCAUCUGAUAUGGUUGUGAUUGUUGCAAAUAUAGUAAUUAUAUUUUCAGUUUCUCAAA